AUGAACCCCCAUCAAAUGAACAAUCGGUCCCCGUCACCGGGUCGGCCAUUGAAUGCCUACCAGCUCUCAGAUGUUUCGUACGGGCCACAGGAGCGUCUUCAUAUGCCCUCGAGUGAUUUGCUGGCUGAGCAACCAACGUAUUCAGUGGAGAGACUGCCAAACUCUUACGGUCAUAACGAGGCCUACGAACAGCGCCACCCGCAGCAGGCCUACCCCGGAUAUGAGUAUUCGGUGGAUCCCGAGGCCCAUCACGACGCCUACUAUACGCAACCUUACCAACCUACAGCCACGCCACAUGAUGAUUAUGACUUAGGACAAUACCCCGAACACCAGCACCAGCACUCCUAUAGUGAUGAUCGCAUUCCCAUGCUACAACAGGAUAAUCCAUUCGGACCUGAUCCCUACAGUGAUGAAUACCAGGUGGAAGAGCCAGCUGACGGCCACACCCCCAGCCCGGCACCCCUCCGACGAUGGAAGACGGUCAAAGAAGUGCAACUGUUCAAUGGUAAUCUCGUGUUGGAUUGUCCGAUCGCGCCCAAGCUUCUGAGCCAGGUUCCCCACGCUGAGCCUCCGGGCCGUGACGAGUUCACACAUAUGCGUUAUUCCGCUGCAACAUGCGACCCCAACGACUUCUUUGAGGAGCGCUUCACCUUGCGCCAGAAACUGUUCGCUAAGCCCCGGCAUACCGAAUUGUUCAUUGUGGUAACGAUGUACAACGAAGAUGACUUCCUUUUCGCACGGACAUUGAUUGGUGUAUUCAAGAACAUUGAGCAUAUGUGCUCGAGGACGCAUAGCAAGACAUGGGGCAAGGACGCAUGGAAGAAGAUCGUGGUUUGUGUGAUUAGCGAUGGUCGUGCCAAAAUCAACCCACGAACCCGUGCAGUGUUAGCCGCCCUCGGAGUCUACCAAGACGGAAUUGCCAAGCAACAAGUCAAUGGCAAAGAUGUGACAGCACACAUCUACGAAUACACCACUCAAAUAGCUCUCGAGCUGAAGGGAACCCAAGUUCAAAUCAAAGGACGCUCAGCAGUUCCCGUGCAGAUGAUUUUCUGUCUGAAGGAAAAGAACCAGAAGAAGAUCAACUCCCACCGCUGGUUCUUCCAGGCAUUUGGCCGAGUUUUAGACCCCAAUAUUUGCGUCCUUCUUGAUGCGGGAACGAAACCUGGAAAGGACUCCAUCUAUCGUCUCUGGAAGGCAUUCGAUGUCGAGCCGAUGUGUGGAGGGGCUUGUGGUGAAAUCAAAGCCAUGCUGUCGCAUGGAAAGAAACUGCUCAAUCCCCUGGUUGCCGGUCAGAAUUUCGAGUACAAACUGAGCAAUAUCCUCGAUAAACCCAUGGAAUCCGCGUUCGGGUUCAUUAGUGUGCUUCCUGGUGCAUUUUCGGCGUACCGAUAUGUCGCAUUGCAGAAUGAUAAGAACGGCCAAGGUCCAUUGGAGCGGUAUUUCCUGGGUGAAAAGAUGCAUGGUGCCAAUGCCGGUAUUUUCGCCGCCAAUAUGUACCUGGCUGAGGAUCGUAUUCUGUGUUUCGAAAUUGUCACUAAGCGUAAUUGUCGCUGGCUCCUGCAUUAUGUGAAGUCUUCGUCUGGCGAGACUGAUGUUCCGGAUCGGAUGGCCGAGUUCAUUCUUCAGCGCCGUCGGUGGCUGAACGGCAGUUUCUUCGCCGCGGUGUAUGCGAUCGCCCAUUUCUACCAGAUCUGGAGAAGCGACCAUUCGGCUAUUCGGAAAUUCAUGUUACUCAUCGAGUUUAUCUAUCAAACCAUCAACAUGCUGUUCGCUUGGUUUGGCAUCGGCAACUUCUUUUUGGUUUUCCACAUUCUCACGACAUAUCUCGGUCAGAAGGACCUCCUUGGCACCACUGGUAGAGUGCUUGGGGUGGUUUUCGAAUGGCUGUAUCUUGCAACACUGGUAACGUGCUUCGUCUUAGCCUUGGGUAAUCGGCCGGGUGGGUCCAACAAGUUCUACAUGACCAUGGUCUAUUUCUGGAUUGGUAUCAUGAUUUACCUGGCGUUUGCUUGCAUUUUCGUCACGGUGAGAUCGAUCCAAACGGAGGUGCAGCAGAAUGAUUUUACCUUCACGGAUCUGUUCACCAACUCCACAUUCUUCACGAUCAUUGUGUCCUUGGGCUCCACGUAUGUCAUGUGGUUUGUGGCAUCGAUCAUCUUUUUUGAUCCCUGGCAUAUGUUCACCUGCUUCAUCCAAUAUAUCUUGCUCACUCCGACGUAUAUCAACGUGUUGAACAUUUACGCGUUUUGCAAUACUCACGAUAUCACAUGGGGUACAAAGGGUGACGACAAGGCGGAAAAGCUGCCCUCCGCGAACCUGAAGCCGGGCGGCAAGGUGGACGUCGACAUUCCGCAAGAUGAUGGCGAUCUGAAUGCCCAGUACGACUCAGAGUUGGCCAAGUUUGCUGAGAAGCCGCCCAAGGAAGUACAGGUUGUCUCGGAAGAAGAACGGCAGGCCGAUUACUACAAGGGAUUCCGAAGUGCGGUCGUGCUGGCAUGGGUAUUUUGCAACUUUGCUCUGGGGGCCGUCGUGCUCAGCGCAGCUGGCUUGGACCGCUUCGACGAGAACGAAAAGACCAAUGAAGGCUCGAACCAACGAUCCCAGAUCUACAUGGCAGUCGUCCUCUGGAGUGUUGCCGGAUUGUCUAUCUUCAAGUUUAUCGGAGCAAUGUGGUAUUUGGUUGUACGAAUGUUCCGCGGUGCUUAA